UCUUGCAAACCAUAUCAAAACAUGAAACUGAGAUAACAGUACCGCGCUACUCCAACUAGAAACUGCUGUCGCGAAAUUUACAGGACAGCAAAGCAUCGCCGCCAUCAAGUUCACCGUUCCACGUGGUAGAGCUCUGAUCUUCCGGCGGAAUAUGCAAAUUAACGAAGUGGGUUUUUGUUCUUGUGACUUGUAGAGGGUGAUAAGUUGCAUAUUGAAAGAAAGAAAAUAACUUCCUUGGCAUUUGUACUGUUCGUCUCUCUUGCGGCGCCGUCUGAUCUCCGUUUUAGGGCAGUUGAAAUCGAUUAGAGGCCAUGAAUCCAUUAACGCUGGUGAAGCGAAUCCAGAACAUAAAUUCGAAGGAAGCUUCUCUUGGAAUUUCGGACGAUGCUUCGUGGCACGCCAAGUACAAAGAUUCUGCUUAUAUUUACGUUGGUGGCAUACCUUUCGAUCUCACGGAAGGUGACCUCCUUGCUGUUUUUGCUCAGUAUGGAGAGAUUGUUGAUGUUAAUCUUGUUAGAGACAAGGGUACUGGUAAAUCAAAAGGUUUUGCUUUUAUUGCAUAUGAGGAUCAAAGAAGCACAGUUCUAGCUGUAGAUAAUCUGAAUGGAGCACAGGUAUUAGGACGAAUUAUAAGGGUUGAUCAUGCCAGUAACUACAAAAAGAAAGAAGAAGAGGAUGAAGAAACGCGACAGAGGAAGCGGGAGGAACGAGGAGUGUGCCGUGCUUUUCAAAGAGGUGAAUGUACCCGUGGAGAUGGAUGCAAAUUUUCCCAUGAUGAGCAAAGAGCUGCUAACACAGGUGGGGGUCCUCAGGAUAAAAGUUCACGAUGGGGACAUGAGAAAUUUGAAGUUGAUAAAGAAGGUUUUAGGUGGGGAAAGAAGGAUUCAAGUUCCAAAGCAACUGGCAAUGGAAAGGCCCCAGAAAUUGACCCUAAACAAGGUGAUAAGUGGGAGGAGAAGAAAUCAAGAAGGCAUGAAGAUGUUGAAAAGUCAAGAGAUGAUCAUCAUAGAAGGGAAGAAAAGAGAUUGAUAAGGCACAGUGCUGAUGAAUUUGAGUCCAAUUCAAGAGAAGAUCGUUAUAGUGUGGAAGAAAAGAGGCCAAGAAGGCAGACUGAUGCACCGGAGAGUAGGUCCAGAGGAGAUCAGUAUCGGAGGGAAGAAAGAAGAUCAAGAAGGCAUGGAGAUGAUGAAUUUGAGCCAAGGUCCACGGAAGAUGAUAGGAGGGGAGAAAGGAGAUCUACAAGGCAUGACUGUGACUCUUAUACAAGAGCAGACCGAGACAAACACAGGGAUUUGUCAUCUCACCGUCAUAGAGAUAGAGAUGAUUACAAGCCUAAAUCAGAUCGAUGGGAAUGAAGGUAUUCAUUCAUUCAUGAAGAAACUUAUAAACAAUGGAAACUUUUGAUUCCUUCUGAGAAACAAAACUUGUAAACCUGUUUAACACUUUGAUCUUUGGCUGAGAGGAACGAAGGGGCUCUCCUUGCUGAUGGCCCUAAGCCAACUCCCCAGUUGUGUGACUGAAUGUAGACUUGUUUCAGUUUUUCAUUCAUGAUUGAUUAUUUA